AUGAAACACAGGUCUACCCGAAUAUUUGACUCAGUCGAUCAUAUUCGUCGUAUGUCUUACAUCUAUCUGCGCAAAGUGGCAUUACUGUACAGGAUAGCAAAUGCUGACCUGCAAUCAAUUGUACUCAAGCACUAUAUUUCUGCAAGUAGCUUCAGUUCCCGUAGAAUCGAUCAAGACGAGUCCCCGAGAGCCGUAGCUCGAAGCAGUGAAGCAGAGCAGGCAAGUGCUGCAAAGCCGUUAAGUGAUGUCGAGGGCAGAUUCUGUCCACGUGUGUGUCGUGAGCGAACGCCAUCACACACCACAGACAUUCACGCAUACCACCAGCACAACCACCACUCACUCCACCACACCCUCACUUCAAACACAAUGGCACCACCAUCGCCCUCCAACUCCACCAUCAACGCCGAGCCACGCAACCGCAUCAUCAACCGCGACUUCCAGGAGCAGCAGCAGCCAUCGAGCUGCAGCGAGCCUGUCGAGAAGAAGGGUGAGCCAGUGAUGGCCAGCACAGGCUAUCACUGCGUGAUGUACUGGGAGAAUGGCUGCCCGUCGAUCGUUGCUUGGUAUGAAAAUCUUCCUUCGGCGAAGAGCUCACACAACCUCGCCUAUGCUACCUGGGGCCUGGAGUCUCGUGGUGACGACGGCGAACUCUUCUACAUAUCGAAGGCGACGGUGGUGGUAGAUUCACUACUCGGAGUACUGAAGCGGUUUCGUGGUCGACGACGGCGAACUCUUUCCCACAUCACAGCCAAUGGAAGCAGUGUCGAAACCGCCAUCAAGAAGACGCCAGCGUUUUCCACGAGAUUCACAACAGUCGUGCGCUCUAUGAGGCCCCUCUCGAUUCAUCCAUCAGAGUCCACUACAAGAUUUCGAAAUCCACGGUCCAGCAGGAAAUCCAGUCGAGGCCUGAAGAAUCAAGUCGAAGUUCUGGCAAGCAAAGAAGGGAACGGAAAGCCUGAGGCUGACAUGGAAGACGCAAGUGGUGAAGACCAGAAACAGAAAGAUUUUGUGAUCGACGGCAGGUGGAUCAUGGCGACAAGGAUGGGAUUGCAGGGAGAUCUCAUGAGGAGUGGCUCUGGAGACUACCAUCGUCCAUAUCAUGCACAACCCCUGUUCUCUCCGUCGACCCAAGACGCGUCGUGCUGGACCCGAUUUCAGAGACAAACGAUGAGACCUAGAUCUGGGGUUCAAUCAACACAGGCGACGGCCAUGAUGCCACGAACACGAUUCCAAUCCAGCCGUCAGAGUCAGACGAAGAUGUCACGAAUCGCCGUCAAGAGAGAGAGAGAAAGUGCAAUCGUGGCACUUCUGCCGACCACCACGGUUUCAACGUCAGCAGCGAAUAUUAUCGAAGAACCGUAUCACCUUUGGGAUGGCGCUGAUCACAAAGUAUUCCAAGUCAGACGGAUGAGAGAGUCCUGGGUAAAGAGCAACGACAUGGAGUUUUUCGCGAGACACUUUUCACAUGAACAGUGA